CGGGCGGGCGGGCGUAUGGCGGGCGGGCGGCGAGCUGGCGGGCUAGUAGGUUCCGAGGCUGCACCACACAAAAUGGCGCCCGAUCGCUCGCCCGCCCGCCCGCCAGCGACACUCCCUCCGCUCCCUCCUUCCUGCUGCCAGCCAGCCAGCCAGCGCGCGGCGCACGCGGCCACACCCGACCCGACCGGAGACAGGCAGGCAGGCAGAGGGAGCGCGAGGCCGGCGGUCCCGAAGGCGGAAACGCCCGAGCACGGCCGGAAACCGCCGGGCGCCACCGAGUCCUGGCGGGGGUGGUGCCUCCGAGCAUGUACAGAGGGCGGGCGCACGGGCGGGGGUCGUGAAGUGACGUCACGGCGCGAGUGGGCGAGCCCAGGCGCCGACGCGAUUCAAAGCCCCGGCUGCAAAAAGGGAGCCCGCCCAGCCAUGGUGGAGAAGGAGAAGAAAGGCGGCGCGGCCGCUGGAGUUGGAGCCCCGGGGGCAGUCGCCGCCGCCAUCAUAAGCGAGGAGGAGGCGGCCCAAUAUGACCGCCAGAUCCGUCUCUGGGGGCUGGAGGCACAGAAACGCCUACGGGCAUCUCGGGUGCUGUUGGUGGGCAUGAAAGGCUUGGGGGCAGAAGUAGCCAAGAACCUCAUCCUGGCAGGAGUCAAAGCCCUAACUAUGCUUGACCAUCAGCAGGUGUCACCAGAAGAUAUGCAAGCACAGUUUCUGGUCCCUGCGGGAUCACUGGGCAAGAACAGGGCAGAAGCCUCGCUAGAGCGUGCUCAGGAUCUCAAUCCCAUGGUUGAUGUGAAAGCAGACCCUGAGAACGUUGAGCUGAAGGCUGAGGAGUUCUUCACCUGCUUUGAUGUGGUCUGCUUGACAUGCUGCUCUCAGGAGGUGCUUGUGAAGGUCGACCAAAUAUGCCACAAGAAUGGCAUAAAGUUCUUCACGGGUGAUGUCUUUGGUUACCACGGCUACAUGUUUGCCAACCUGGGCGAGCACGAAUUUGUGGAAGAGAAAAUGAAGGUUGCCAAAGCCAGCCAGGGAGUGGAAGAUGGACCUGACAAAAAGAAGGCCAAGCUGGAUUUCACAGAGACCACCCUAGUGAAGAAGCGUGUGAAUUUCUGCCUCCUGAAAGAGGCCUUGACGGUCAGCUGGAGCAGUGAAAAGGCUAAGGCUACCUUGAAGCGCACGACAUCAGAUUACUUCCUGCUCCAAGUGCUCCUGAAAUUCCGGACCAAAAAGGGUCGAGAUCCUUCCCUGCAGAGCUACACAGAGGAUGCAGAGGAGCUUUUGCAGAUGCGAACCGAUGUGCUGGCCUCUUUGGGUGUUGGGACUGACCUGCUCCCUGAUGACUUUGUCAGCUCCUGCUUCUCCGAAAUGGCUCCUGUCUGUGCUGUGGUUGGAGGAGUGCUGGGUCAGGAGGUUGUCAAAGCCCUGUCUCAGCGGGAUGCUCCCCUCAACAACUUCUUCUUCUUCGAUGGCAUGAAGGGCAACGGAAUUGUGGAGUGCCUGCUCCCGAGCUAAGACUGGGCCAGGACCCUGUUAGUAGUCCUGGAGCAACUUGGGGCAGCUCCAUGACUUGCCAUGGGCUGUCGUGUCCCAUGGCACCCGUGACCCUGGGAGGCAUGGGCUGUUGCUGAGGAGACCCCCUCUCCUCCUGUGCUUCCCCCCACCCUGCUUUGGCUUAAGCACUCAAUAAACUCUUUAUUUUAGUAA